CGUAGUGAAGUUCUCUCGCAUCUUAUAAGUGUUCUUUAUACAACCGAAAGGCUACGAGAUCUAACUUCCCAAGAACAAAAACGAGCAUCCAACCAAUUCACUCGUCACUCGCAAACAUGAGCACCCAACCAAUUGGCCUGACUACGGUCCCGAAGCUGCUGCCUGUAACGGGCACUUUCGCGCUCCCAUUCGCAGUGUACUACGCAUUCCUCAGCCUGCGAGUGGUCGGCGAACGGCUCAAAGACAAACACUACCUCGGUCAAGACUCCUCCAAGCCCGGGGCGGACUCGAAGAAAUCACCCGGUGCCAACAAGCUCUACCUCGCCUCGCGGUCGCAUGCCAACUUUGCCGAGAACGUGCCGUGGGCGUUUGUCCUUGCGUCGCUGGUCGAGCUGAACGGGGGCAGCCGCAAGGCCCUAGGCUGGCUCCUCGGGAGUUUCCUGGUUCUUCGUGUGGUCCACGCGGAGUUGGGUAUCAUGCAGGUCCAGGGAACCGGCAACGGUCGACCCAUUGGCUAUUUCGGCAGCAUCGGUGUGGUUGGCACACUUGCGGCCUAUGGAGCAUACCUUGUCAAGGGUUAUUGGGGUUACUGAGCCCACGUGUAUUACGAUGUACGAUGUACGAUGUACGAUGUAGUCCCCCCCCGGUUGAUGAACAUGCAAAGCGCCUUGCCAAGCGUUCAGAUAAGA